GAUUUUGAGGAGUUCGUGGCUCUUUUCAAAACCCAACUAAUUGAGAAAUGUGGAAUUGGUGAUUCUUUCUUGAUGGCUGACGCAGGUUUAUGAUUAAUGGUGGAGAGGUGAACCAGAAACUUUUCAAAACUGUUUGGAAAUGUAAAGGAAUUCAGAGGGUUAAGCUCUUCUUAUUGAAAGUAGCUAAUAAUAUUUUACUUAAAAAUGAGCAAUGGGCUGUCAGACACAUGACUGAAGAUCCUUGCUGUCCAAGGUGCCCAGGAAUGCGGGAGGUGGCCGUCCAUCUUUUUAGAGACUGUUUCCAUUCUGUCCAGGUUUGGAAAGCUCUUGUUCCUCCUGAUUUAUUAGUAGAUAUGUUUUGUUCGGACACGGAAGCUUGGUUGUUAUUUAAUCUCAGUUCUGGUAAAUGCUACAUUUUUAGUAUUCCCCCUGGUCCUUAGGCUUUGGCUUUCCUCUGGAUAUCCUUUUGAGGUCUAGAGGUGAUCUCAUUUUUUAGAAUAUUGGGAAUUCUAGUGCAGCUCUUGUUUGUAAGAUAUACAGAAUGAUUCGAAAUUUCAGUGCUGCAAUUGUGAUGAAGUCCUCAGCAGGUGUAUCUGUUUCUAGGGUGAAGAAAUCUACCUUGCUUAAGUGGGCACCUCCUAUGGAGAGUUGGGUGAAUUUUAACACUGAUGGGUCAUUCUCUGCUGAUAAGAAGGGUGCAUGUGGACGAGUGUUAAAGGACCAUGAGGGUAAAUUUAUUGUGGGAUUUACAAUUUAUUUGGGUCCUGUUUCUGUUCUUCAAGAUGUGCUCUGGGGCUUAAUUUGUCGACUUAGAAUUGCUUUGUCCAAGGGCUUUUCAAAAGUUUUUGUUGAGACUGAUUCUGAAUUAGCCAUUCGAUUUCUGAACAAAGGAAUUGGGGAAGCUAAUCCUUGUGCUCCUAUGGUGAGAGAUAUUAAGAGGCUGCUGAACCAGUUUACUGCUCAUUGGAGGCAUGUUUUUAUAGAAGCAAAGUGGCGGACACUUUUGCAGUCUGCAGAGAAUAGGUUGUCCUUAUUAGUUCCUAUGAGGAUUUAUGAUGUUCUUCCUUCUUUUAGUUUAGUUCAUUUCAUGUUUGAGCUCCUUGAUUUUGGCGUUGUAGCCCCGUAUGCAAUAAAAAAAAGCUGUGCAUAUAUUUUUUUUUUAAAUAAAUCGACCAGAAUAAUAGUUUAAGAUGUAUACUUUUUUUUGUUAAAGCUAUUAUAAAAAUAUUAUUUUUAUAACAAAUUGAAUUAACGUAGGAUUAGUAGCAAUUGUUUGUCAACUAGUGAAAUGCUAUGCUAAAGCAUUUAAGUAAUCAAUCAAGACUGAUACAGUGUAUGUCAAAAUUUAUAUAUUAUCCCAGGAGUUUACUAACUUAAAAAAAAGAGUAAAAGUAUAAUUGAACAUCUAUCCAAAAUGUAUUUAGACGCAAUUCAUGAUUAUUAAAUUCUUAAGAUGGUGACACUCUUUGGGGAAAAUUAACAAGGAAAAAGUCACAUAAACUAUAAACCAACGUGCACUUCAAUUUUGCCAACAAUGUCAAGCAUUAUUAUUGUGGAAGCAAGCUCUAGCCUAGAAUCAUGGUGAAUUCUUAUUCCGAUCGAUGACAGAGCAACUUGGCAUAAAGUUGGAGAAAGCAAGUAUCAUGUUACCAGGUGAGUACUGUUUGCAUGAAGAAAACUCUAGCUGUAGCGAGAUAGGGGAUGAAGAUUCAGAGUUAGAUUCUGAGCUGUUUGAGAUCAAUAUUAAUUUGAAGGAUCCUGAAGAUACUUUAGAUAAAAUUCCAGAAGACUGCGAGAGUAUUAGUGUGUUCUCUCUUGAUAUAAAUAAUCACCUAGCUGAGAAAUUAGAUGUUGUUUAUGUGGCGGUGGGCUUUGAUGGAAAUUCAAGUAUGGAAGCGCUUUCAUGGGCCUUGAAGCAUGCCGUGACACCCUCCUCUACCACUGUGUGUCUUGUACACGUUUUCCCUCAAGUCAAGCUCAUUCCAACUCCAUUGGGAAAAAUUCCAAGGAGCCAUGUAAAUGUAGAGCAUGUUAACAUCUGCUUAACCCUCGAGAAAGCAAAGAGAAAAUUGCUUCUUCAAAAGUUCAUUGGCCUGUGUGUUGACUCCAAGGUUAAGGUGGAGAUAAUGCUCAUUGAAGCUGACAAUGUUGCUAAAGCCAUCUUGGACCUUGUCAGGAAUCUCAAUAUAAGAAAAUUGGUGAUUGGAAAUACCAAAUCUAACUUAAGAAAAUCUUGGUCUAGAAGGCAAAAUGCAAUAGCGGACAUGGUACUGAAAAAUGCAGAGGAAAGCUGUGAUAUUAAAAUCAUAUGUGAAGGAAGAGAAGUGACCGACCAGAUGAUUGAUUAUUGCACUUCGCCACAUUCAGAAGACAAUGGCAAUUACUGGAGUUUCUCAUGGAGAAGAAGAUGAAUCUCUUGGUCUUCAUCCCAGUACUUAAGCGAGUAUAUAUAUCUUGGCUUUAGUUUUCUUUCCAAAGUCCCAGUAUAAUUGGAAUAUAAUUUUGGGUAUUGUGUAUAAAUUGAAUAUUUUAUGAUUAGAAAUCCUCAUGAAUUUUGUUAAUAAUCGUGCAAUGUGUACCAUUUAUCUAAAUUCUACAACAUUGAUGAUGUUCUCAAUGGGAAGUACACGGCACGUAUUAACACUCCA